AACUGAAAUAGCUGCUUAGUUGCAUAUUAAUUCCAGGAACGCACGUCCUUUCGGGCCGGGGACAAAAUUCUCCGACCCCAGGCCUACCAGGUACCCAGGUUUUCCUGGGGCAACCACUCGGUAUCCCCCAACCGGCAUAAAACCAAUUGCCCCAUUUGAGAGGCCCGGACCCUUGUGGCAUUCUCUGUCACUACGUCGUCUCGCCCCGUCCAUCCGUUACCACGAUGCUUUCUUUCCCUUUCAGAUCGAGGCUGUCGAAGGAGCAGUCCGCUCCUCCUCCUCCGGCCCCUCCUGUUCUAGCCCCGAGUCCAGUCGAACCAGUCCCCAAGGUUGUCGAACCUCCUACAAAAACCCCGAUAUUCUCCUCACGAUCCGUAAAACAACUGGGUCUCUUCUUCGCCGGCGCCGGCUUCCUCACAUUCUCCACGCUCAUCACGCGCCGGGCCGUCACGCGGAAACAAAUCGCCGCUCUCCCCAAGUUCUACCAACAAAGCCACAGCCCAAUGGUCGGCAAGGGCCACAAUCCCGACGGCCCCUUCAUCGCUUUCGAGGCUCUCAACCUGGCCACCCUCAACGUCAUAAGCUUCGGCAUCAUGGCGACAGGAGGCGUCUCAUUCGCAUUCGAUAUCUCGUCGUUAGAGGACCUACGGAAGAUGGCGCGUCGGAAUCUCGACUACACGCCCGGCGUGAUAGACGAGCAGGCCGAGCGGGAAAUCGAAGAAUGGGUGUCUAAGGUUAUCUUGAAGAGGGAGAAGGGGGCGGAUGGUAGCACGGAUCGGCCAAAACGCAAUGAUUAAUGAAUUGCUGCGCGAUGCAACAUGGGUGCACCUUAUUUCUGUGACACGCCCAGGCGGGCUGGUUCUACGGCGCCUAGUAAAGGAUGCCCGUGAUGGGAAAUUCGAGAUACCCCUGGAAUACCGGACUGUUUCGUUAACGUCAAUAACUGGGCUUCUAGCUUGGCUGAGCUGCCUAGUUGGAAACCCCCGACACCCGAGUGCACCGGCCUUCGGGUCUAUCGGAUAUUCCCGCGUCACUACUCGAGGGCUGUAGUGCCA